CCUACCGAGGUGGAGGGACGAUGCCACCGUCUCAUAAUAACAGACAGUGCACGAACUGACCGCAUCAUCGAAAUUAAGAAUAUAAACCGUUAUUAAGACAGAUUGAGGCAAUAGAACAGGGGAGAAAAGAAAGGGAAAGACAGUUUAUGCAGUUUAAAACAUCUCUUCUCCGAAAGAAAGGAAAAUACUUGGAACUGUAGGAACUCCCUGGCUCACAUCCACAAAAGUGAUUCUGUCAUUAUGAAGAAGAGCAAUUUAGCCAAACGGGGUCCUCAAGAUGUCAACCAGCUGUCGUCGCAGCCAGACAAAGUAGGCUGGAUCCGCAAGUUCUGUGGCAAAGGGAUUUUCAGGGAAAUAUGGAAAAACCGUUUCGUGAUACUGAGAGGAGACCAUCUGUACAUCUCUGAGAAAGAGGUGAAGGAUGAGAGGAAAGUCCAGGAGUUGUUUGACCUGGCUGACUAUGAACGAUCUGAGGAGCUGCGCAAGGCCAAAAGCCGCAGUAAGAAGAACCACAGCAGGUUCACCCUGCUUUGCUGCAAGCAGCCUGGGAAUACGGUGCCCAAUCUUGUGUUUUUGGCCGUUAGCCCCGAGGAGAAGGAGUCAUGGGUCAAUGCCCUCAAUACAGCCAUCAUCAAAGCCAAGAACCGCAUUUUUGAUGAGGUCACAAUUGAAGAGGACAGUGUCCUGGUGCACCCUACACGUGAUCGUGCCAAGAUUCCCCAUGCACGGCGCUUGCCCACCCGGGGACACCUCAUGGCUGUGGCAUCCACCUCUUCAGACGGAAUGUUGACCCUUGACCUUGUCCACGAGGAAGAUGACUCCACCCCAGAAGAUGAGGAAGAACGCUUCUGGGAAAAUAACUUCCGGGUUGACCUAGACAAACAGACCACAGGUCGUCAGCGUUCUGGCACAGACGUCUCCAAACUCUGUGUCACAACAAGGGACCCAAGGGUACCCAAGACGGGCAGCCUGCCUCGGAGCGAGCUCUCCUGGGGCCAUGCGCACCAUCUUGAGGCUCAAUCCCGGACCCCUCAACCAGGGAAGAGGUUCAGUGCCCAGGGUAGGAGCCGCUGCGCCUCCAUGGACGAGGUCCUUUCCUCACGGCCAGCCAGGGGUGUCCUUCGCCCUCGCCCCACAGAUGAACCUGUCCAGCCUGUUGGACAACUGCAGAGUCUUAUCGCCCAGAAAAUGCAGAGGGCUCAGGAACUGCUGGAAGAAAUGCGAUUGGAGGAACUGCAACAUGCAAAGGGAUUUGACUCGCCCUAUCUGAAGGGCAUUGACUCGCCCCGCUUGCACCAUCUGAGAGGGUCUGAGUCUCCUCACUCCAGGGCCUCAGGCUCACCUCGCAGUAAGAGUAGUGACUCCCCUCGUUUGAGGGUAAAAGACUCACCUCGUUUGAGGGGGAAAGACUCACCUCGUACGAAGGGCAAGAAGUCCCGCUCAAAAGGUACAGACUCACCCCAUUCAAAGAGUGAUGACUCUCCUAAUUUGAGGGGUAAUGACUCCCCCCGUCUCAGGGUUACUGACUCUCCCCGUCUCAGGGUUGCUGAUUCUUCCCGUUUCAAGGAAACAGACUCGCCAAGUCGGAAGGGUUCUGACUCUCCACGUCUCAAGAACAUUGGUUCACCCUUUUCAAAAAGUUUUGACUCAUCUAGUCUGAAGGGUUCUGACUCGCCUCGCAUCAAGGAUACUAAUUAUCCUGUUCUGAGGGUUAAGGACUCACUAAAUAUCAUUGGUAAGAAUUCUCAGAGUCUGAAGAGUAUCGUCUCACCUUGUCUGAAGGGUGCUGACUCGCCCCAUCUGAAGGGUAAUGACUCGCUCCAUAGUAAGAGUGCACACUCACUUCUCAGUGACUGUGAUUUGGAGAGUAGACGGGCGGAGGCGGAGCGUCUUCUGCAGGAAGCCGUCUCCUCCUGGCGUCAGGCUAAGGAGGUGCUGGAGGAGGUGAAGGAGCUGCAGACGCAGUCACUAAACCGCCGCUCCGAAAAGAAAACAAUAGACAGGCCCCCAACACCGCCACAGGACUAUAGGCUGGAGGACCAAUGACUCUGUCGCACCACAGCUGAAAAGCAUGCUGGCUUCUCUCCAAACAAAGACAAUAAAAAGAGCACUAGGGGCAUGGAGUACAUACAGUACAUUUUCUGUCACGUUUUUGUUGUCAUUACUUGCCAGUGUUGAAGCACAAAGCUUUUAGGCUUUACUGCUCCCGUUGCACUUUCCUAUCUUGAUAUUUGUUUAUAUACUGUAUACUAGUCAAAUUAAGCUGAGAAAGUAAUGACAGAAUAAUUUUAUUACCACUGCUGUUUGCUUGCUGGUGUGAAUAGGUUAGAUGGACCUUGACCCCAUAAUAUGAUUCUGUGCAUUAGAUUUUGUUCCCUUUGUCAAAGGCUCUGUGUUCCACUCUGUUGAUGGAGGGAUGAGCUUCUGGGCUGUAGGAGCAGAGCAUGGUUUAUGGCUUAAUCCUGGUUCGUGGAUGGGGGGUGACUCAGACUGAGAGGCAUAAACAGGGCUAGAGCGGAGGUGCUGUGCCUCGGUGACACUGACACACCCAGGGAAAGUCAUAUAUUUACAUUUAUUAUCCACCAGAGGUGGAUUAGGUUUCAUUGCAAAAUGCUUUGUACUUUAAAUAUAAACAUGAAAUGCUUUUUUAUAAUGGACGAAUGGAAUGAAAAUGUUUGCGUGGAAACAUUGUCUGAGGAGCAUUAUUUCAGUGUGAAAUGCAUAUAUGGAGAAGAUGCUCUCUUUCGGUUAGCUUCAGUUAUUGACAACUUGCAGUCAAGUCCAAUGACCUUGAAACAUCAAGGAUUUCCCCAGUUUCUCGGUGUCAGAAACCUAGUAUUGUAGUUGUUGGUCUUCUCAGAGACCGAAUACAAAGGCAAUCUUCCUCUUACUGUGAGCUUGUUAUUUCCUCUUCCCCUCUGUGUCCUAAACUGAGCAAUAGUAUUCCACGGACAGAUUCAAGAUGCCUGUUAACAUUAUGCAAUCAAACUGAUUUAAACUCACUAGUUGGAUUCCCGACAUUUAUAGCUAAAACUCAUAGACCACAAGGCCACUUUGAUUGCAAGGAUAUCAAGUAACACCACUUUGUUUUAUUAAAUGUACUUUUAUUUUCGGGUCAUGUAACGUGGUCUCUUGCUUGUACUCAGAAUUCCUCUAUUGUUUUGGUUAAUUGGGGUUCUGUGAUCUACAAAAGCCUGCAUGUGAGUGAUUCAGCGGAAGCGAGCAAGAGAACAUGCUCAUUAACUCUGAUCAGCUUUUGAGGAGAUAUGCUAUUAUGGGAUUAUAAUUGCAGGCGUCAUGUUGAGUCUCUGUAGUGUUUGUUGCACUUCUAAUCAGGUGGGCAGAUGAUUUCAACAGUUCUUCUGUCUCUCUUCCAAAAGGUGCACAGGGUAAUCUCACAACAAGAGGAUACAUUAUUUGAUGAGAGAGAGAUGAUUAAAGCUUCUGAAAGGUUUUCCGGGCACAAAGAUAUUACAUUUGGAGAUUUGAAGAUGGGUUGGUUGCACUGCACUAUUUCAUACCAAAAUAGGGUGGAAAUCAAUGUUCUUAGUAUCAUGUCCUGGUUUAGUCACAUGGUCAGUAUUUCCUGCCAUGUCAUUGGCUGACUGCCAAAAUAUGACUCAUAGGUCACUGAGUUGAUAUUAACAUGCACAGUGCAUCUAGGACAGGACAAACAUCGCUCCAUUACACCAGGCUCACCUCACAUAUGGUUACAAUCACUCAUGUAUGGUUGCAGUUUAUCGGUUUAUUUGAUUAUGUGUAUGUGUGUGUCCCUUCAGCAGUAAUUAUAUGCCUUUGGUGCACAUGACAACAUGCAAUACAGUAGGCCUAAUGUUGAUAACGAAAGAGAUAUCCACCACCGCUUUGUAAUCUGAGCUAAGCCAAAGACCAGUGUAAAGCAACUCUGCCAGAAAUAAGUGAAAAGUGGUUAGAAUGUCUCAAGCAAUCUCAGAAAUUGAUUUUAUUAACAGCAAUUGUGAAAUGACUAGUGUAUGCAUAAGUUAAAUAAAUAAUUUACACUGAA